UUUGGAUGCGUAAAGACUCUAAAACAAGUAUCUCGCUGGGGAAAAGCAGACACAUCACACUUCCACUCCAGGAAAGGAAAGAGAAGUAUAAACGGGCUUCCAGGAAGCCUGAACGGCUCGGUGCAGUUGGCUAACCUCACAAAGCAGACUGCAAGGACCUUUAUAUGCAUUCCCCGCCGUCCCCAGAUCCCGAAAUAAAUAAAGGAACCUCGAGGGGCCAGCUGCACAACAGUAACACUGUGCUAUGCUUCGAGAUGUCAUGGGGAAAACCUUUCGACUUCUGGGGUAUACCAUUCAAUAUGGCUGCAUAGCACACUGUGCCUUUGAGUAUCUUGGAGGAGUUGUUGUGUGUUCUGGACCUUCAAUGGAACCAACAAUUCAAAAUUCUGACAUUGUCGUUUCGGAGAAUCUUAGUUGCCGUUUUUAUUCCAUUCAGAAAGGUGAUAUUGUAAUUGCAAAAAGCCCAAAUGAUCCAAAAUCAAAUAUCUGUAAAAGAGUAAUUGGCUUGGAAGGAGACAAAGUUUGUACAAGCAGUCCUUCAGAUUUCCGUAAGAGCCACAGUUAUGUCCCUAAAGGGCAUGUUUGGUUAGAGGGAGAUAAUCUCAGGAAUUCUACAGAUUCCAGGUGUUAUGGACCUGUUCCUUAUGGACUGAUAAGAGGACGCAUUUAUUUCAAGAUGGAAAGGGGAUGGGGGAGAAGAGGCUUCAUAAGUGUAAAGACGACUCCUACAUCAAGGACAGUUCUACAGGGUUAUGCUAUUGAACUUAUAACAUUCCUCAGACAAGUUGCUAGUCUGUCCCAGUAUGGAGAACAAAUAAAUACUAAAGAAGCUUCAGGGGGUAGCUAAGUUAGUCUGUACAGGAUAAACUUAAAAAACAACAAAUAGUCUGGCAGCACUUUAGAGACUAACAAAACAUAUAGAUGGUAUCAUAAGUUUUCGUGGGCACAACCCACUUCUUCAGAUGACCUGAGGGUUUUUUCAGCAUUUGAGCCAUAGAAUAAGAAUCAGAGAGACAGACUUUUUUUGGUGUGUACUUUAUUUUUUUUGCCCCAAAGAAAA